AUGAGUACCACAAGGGAACAAGCAGGACCAUCCAAACCAUGGGAUUCAACUGCAGAUGAAAAAGAAAAGGAUAAUCGAACAUUUGAAUGUAAUAUUUGUCUUGAUACUGCAAAGAAUGCAGUUAUCAGUAUUUGGCCUUGUUUGCAUCAAUGGUUAGAAACACGUCCAAUGAGACAAAUGUGCCCUGUCUGUAAAGCUGCGAUUAGCAAAGAUAAAGUUAUUCCAUUGUAUGGACGUGGAGAUACAAGGCAUGAAGAUCCAAGAAAUAAUGUUCCACCACGUCCAGCUGGUCAGAGGACAGAACCUGAAAAUAACAUUGGAUUUUCUAGUUUUGGGUUUGGAGAUGGUUCUUACAUGUCAUUUGGUAUUGGAACAUUUCCAUUUGCAUUUUUCACAUCUACUUUUAAUUUUGGAGAAACACGACCAAGUGCAGGUAAAAUAUUUUUCAUAGACUGACUUUGUGUAUUGUCUAAUAUUGAAUUUAAAUAUGCAUUUUUAUAUAGCUGUUAGAGGAACACCACAAUAUGAAGAAGAACAAUUCCUUUCGAAAGUAUUUCUAUGGGUGGCUUUGAUAUUUGUUUGUUGGCUCUUGAUGGCAUAACAUUUUGUUAAAUCAUAUUACUUGGUCUAUAUCUUUUAAUCCUAUACCUCUUGCUGAAUUGAUUCAUUACAUUUUUAUUAAUACAUCGAUCUUUCCCCGUUUGUGUAAUCGUUGUUACUCGCUACAGUAACUAUACCUGCUUGAAUAAACAAACGAAUUUUAUUAUAGCUAUAACAUUUUUAUUUGUACGUAUACACGUAUGUACACAUGUAUUUUAUUUGUACAUAAACACGUAUAUUCAAGCAGAUAAUUUUCUUGGUUUUAGGUUUUAUAAAACUUAUUCUUAUGAUAUUUAUGUAUAUAUUACUUUUAGACACAUAAGAUAUCUACUCUACGCAAAACAUACAUGAUUGGUUUAAAAGAGAACCUA